CCAACAAAAAAAAAAAAAAAAAAAAAAAAAGGGCUUGCAAAGCUUUCAUUUUCUCAACGAAGCUCUCAUUUUUCAUCUAAUACCUCGAUCGGCCCCGUAUUCGCAGCGGCAGCGCGUGAGGAUCACCGAGCCAACGAGAAUCUCUCUACAAGUGUCGCACGGCCAAACGCGCAUGGGCGGCACGUGUUGCCCAACCUUCCAACACCUCCUCAAUUCUACCGUCAGCAGACCUCAAACUUGAGACUUAAAUUUCAGAAAAAAAGCAAAGCAAAGCAAAACCACCGAUUGAAUUAUUUAGUGAGAGAAACACAAAAAAAAAUGGCAAACCUACCUCCGCCGCUGAAUUUGAAAGCCGCCCCCUUUGAGGCGAGCAGCAGCUCCGCCGCGGCCGCGGCCAACAAGGACUGGAGAAUGCAACCGGCUGAGCAGCUUCUUCUCGAUCUCUACAAUCCAGAUCUGCGCGAAAGCGCACUGCUGGAGCUCUCAAAGAAGAGAGAAAUGUUCCAAGAUUUGGCUCCAUGGAUGUGGAAUUCCUUUGGUAUAGUUGCUGCUCUUCUCCAGGAAAUAGUCUCUGUUUACCCAGUUUUAUCACCACCAAACCUCACCUCUCCACAGUCAAACCGAGUUUGCAAUGCACUUGCUCUACUUCAGUGUGUGGCCUCACAUUCGGAAACGAGAGGGUUGUUCCUCAAAGCCCACAUUCCGCUGUACCUGUAUCCUUUCCUUAACACAACCAGCAAAUCAAGACCCUUUGAGUAUUUGAGGCUUACGAGUUUAGGCGUCAUAGGUGCUUUGGUCAAGGUUGAUGAUACUGAAGUUAUCAAUUUCCUUCUGUCUACUGAGAUCAUUCCCCUGUGCUUGCGCACGAUGGAGAUGGGAAGCGAAUUGUCCAAAACAGUGGCCACGUUCAUUGUUCAGAAGAUUUUGCUGGAUGACGUGGGCUUAGAAUACGUGUGCAACACAGCGGAGCGAUUCUUUGCUGUGGGCAGAGUUCUAGGAACUAUGGUUGCUGCACUUGCUGAACAGCCUUCUUCACGGCUGUUAAAGCACAUUAUCAGAUGCUACCUUCGAUUGUCUGAUAAUCCUAGAGCUGCUGAUGCCCUGAGGAAUGCUCUGCCUGAUACGUUCCGCGAUGCAACUUUUAUUAGCUGCCUUCGUGAAGACCCGACGGCGAGAAGGUGGUUACAGCAGUUGCUUCACAACGUGCAAGGGGCUCGUGUCGCAAUGCAAGGAGUUGGAUUCGAUCAUAUGAUGCUCUGAUUAAACUGGCAAGGGCAUAAUAGGCUUUUUGCUUGUUCCAUCUCUCUUGUGUUGUACUAUUGUAGAUGUAUUUAUAGCAUCACACCUAAAGUUUUAUUUUGGCAACUGAGUCCUGUUUUGCUGCUGCUGUUGUACUAUUGUAGAUGACUUUUUAGUAGCUUCAAAAACCUAAGUUUGUACUAGAAAAACAAAAAAUUAAUUGCAAUUUGUCUUCCUGCAUUUAUCC